AUGGAGGAUACUGUGAGCACGCUUGACCCCUCCGAGGGGGUCGCUCAACCUGUAGCUCCAAAAACAAACGGACCUACAAAGAAACCCCCAAGCGAUCCCGACGUUCAGAGCAACGCCCAAGGCAAUCCUUUGAUGAAGGGCGUAUUGUCGAAAACUGAUACUACGAUCCUCCGGUUAAGCAGGCAGGUGCAGCGUUUCCUAUUAAUAUCCACCUCUUACGGUGAAGAAACUGUACUCGCAUCGGUGAACUACUCCGCAAGUCUCCUCCACUACAUUCUCUUUUCCCCUCCUCUUCGGGCCAUUUUCGCUCGUCUGCACAGCCGUCUAGGCCUCGUCGCAAGAACUCGCAAAGGUGACUCUCAGUCACAAACACCGCCUCUCCUUGCACUCGCGGCGCUUAUUUCAGAGACGCGUACGGCGCUGCGGUUGCUUGGCCUUAUACCGCUCUGGGAGUGGGGUUCGGCAACUGUGAAGUCACCGCCGGCAGACCCUGUCUUGCGUGGCGUGGCUUUUGCGCAAGUCUUCGUCAAUGUGGUCUAUCAAUUCAUGGAGAACAUUGCAUUCUUGGCGUCCAAGGGUAUAGUCUCACAGCGCCUUCUGCGGCGCUGGGGCGGGGUCGGAAAAUGGUAUAUAUGGUCCACACGCGCAUGGCUGAGCCACGUCGUGUUGGAGUUUGUGCGCUUAUGGAGAGAGCGAUGUUUGGCCGCGAAGCAGAAACAACUGGCCGUGGAGAAGGCCACAGGCGCGAUAGCCGCAGAUGAGGAGGAGCGCGGUGAAGCACUCCGGGUGCGAGCAUGGCGUAAGAGUUUGGUGAGCAACCUUGCCUGGUUUCCAUUAUGUCUCCACUGGAGUCUGGAGAACGGUGCUGGGAUUUCGAACAGUAUGGUUGGGCUUUUGGGAUUCAUUGCUGGCGCUUGGAAGCUGAGCGAUUCUUGGAAAGCAACUGCAACAGGGUGA